AUGAUACGUAUUAAUCGAUUACCAAAAAAUAUAAAACUUACAGAAAAAACAGCUUGGAAAAAAAAAGAUAGAGGAACUUUUGAAUAUAUAUUGGACAAAAAUAAUGGCAUUCAUUAUUCAAGAUGGUUAGACAAUUCUGUCAUAACAGUAGCUUCUACGUGUUUUGGAAGUAUUCCUACAUCAGGAGUCAAACGAUUUUCCAGAAAAGAAAAAAAAACCAUAAUUGUUCAGCGACCUCUUUGUAUUGGUCAAUAUAAUCAAUUUAUGGGUGGUACUGAUUUAAUGGACGAGAAUGUAAACAGAUAUAGAAUUGGUUUACGUGGAAAGAAAUGGUGGUGGUGUUUGUUUACUUGGCUUAUCGAUGUAUCAAUACAAAAUGCUUGGAUUCUUCACAAAAAAUCUGGUGGCAAUCUAUCUCAACUUGAAUUCAGACGUGAUAUCGUGAAAACAUAUUUGAUUACCUACAGAAAUUUGCCAAAACGACCAGGACCUUCAGCUAAAAUUCCUGAUGCUGCACGGUAUGAUGGGAGAGAUCAUUUAAUAAUACCAGUUGCCAAUGGUAUGAGGAGAAGAUGUGGUGCCGACAAUUGUACGUCCAAAGGACGUACACAGUGUUUAAAAUGCAAUGUUGGAUUAUGUGUAAUGUGCUUUGCUUCAUAUCAUAGUAAAUAG